UGUCUGUGAGAUCCUGGAGUACAGAAUAUGCUAUGUUUUCAACAGGGACCUGUCACAGGUUACAUGUGUGCUGCCGAAGAAGUAGAAGUAGGCUAGUAGUAGAAGUAGUCUAGCUGUGCAUACAUUGUGCCGAAGAAUUGGAGUCUAGAAGAAAACGUGUUAGUGGAUAAUAACCAACCCACUCUCCUGGGCUGUUUUAAAAAAAUGUUUUACUUUUAAUUCGUUUGAAGUUAAGCUUGUUAUGACUGCAAUAUAAACAGCAGGUGAGUCCAUUCGACUCACUUUCGGUGGGACAUGGCGGAGUCAUCACAGGAGCUGACUGAUAUUGAUCCGGAUUUCGAACCUCUGUCACGACCCCGGUCUUGUACCUGGCCGCUGCCUCGACCAGAGUUCAAUGAACCGGACAGCUCAAACACAUCUUCGCCUGCGUCUUCGGUUAAACAGGAGCCUGGCAACGGUGUUGAUUAUAUCAGCAACCAAAGUUUGCUGGAAGAAACAGAGGAUGUCACCGACGAAAAAACAGUAGUUUUAUGUAGAGAUUUCCUGGAGAAUUGCUGUCACCCUCUCACACAGCAACAUCAACGGUUGCUGCAGCAUCAGUUGAGUCCACAACUACUCCGGCAGCAGCAGCAGGUGCCUCCACUUUCGCCACCAAAUGGCUCGAACUCCAUCGUGGUCCCGUUCCAGAAAAAGGGCGCUUCUUCUAGACGGAAUGCCUGGGGUAAUAUGUCAUAUGCCGACCUCAUCAGCAAAGCCAUCGAAAGCUCCCCUGAGAAAAGGCUCACCUUGUCUCAGAUAUAUGAUUGGAUGGUGCAAAGUGUGCCUUACUUUAAAGACAAGGGAGACAGCAACAGUUCUGCCGGAUGGAAGAACUCUAUCAGGCACAAUCUCUCCCUCCACAGUCGCUUUGUGCGCAUCCAGAACGAAGGCACGGGGAAGAGUUCCUGGUGGAUGCUCAACCCUGAGGGGAGCAAGAGCGGCAAGCCCCCCCGCCGACGAGCUGCUUCCAUGGACAACAACAGCAAGUUCGCCAAGAGCCGCGGACGAGCCGCCAAGAAAAAGGUGUCACUUCAGGGGGUGAUGGACGAGGACGCCCGCAGUCCUGUCUCCCAGUACUCCCCGUGGCUGGGGGGCAGUCCCAACUCUCACAGCAGCGACACCUUCGAGGAGUGGACCUCUUUCCGAGGCCGAGCGAGUUCCGACGCCAGUACCCUAAGCGGGCGCCGCUCCCCAUUCCUGCCUGAGCCCGACGACCUGAGCGAAGGUGGAGAUGCCCAUCUCGGUUACCCAGUGGCAUCGGGAGCAAAGAUGGUGACGCCGCUGCCCAGCCUGGCCGAGGUGGCCGGCUCUCUCGGCCACCGCAGCCCUGAGAACACCAUGAUGGAGGGUCUACUCAACAACCUCAAUCUUCUCUCACCCACGAACCAGCGUCAAGACACCUCACACGGCUCUCCCAUGAUGCAAAGCAACACUGGCUACCACAGUCGUAUGGACGUAUACGCCUUAUCCUCAGCAGGCCCACCACCACAUCCUCCUCCUGAAUAUCCCAAGAGCCUUUACAGCCAGACACCAAUAAACAAUGGCACCUCAGUCCCCAUGCGGCCCCUGUCAGAGACGAAAGUGGGGGCUGCUGGGAUAGGACGCUUCCUGGGCCACUACAACAACCCAGAGGCAGUUUCCCAUGAGCCACCACUGCUGGGCAUGGAGACCAUGGUUAGCCAUGCUGGUGUUGGUGGAAGAGGGGGAUUCCGGACCCUCUACAGUGGGCAGGGGCACCCAGGGCAUGUGGGCAACAUGGCUGGUCCUGCACCAACACAGCCUCCACACCCUCACCAUCAUCCACACUCACACACAUUGCCUCACCAGUACAGGCCGUUAAACCCUGCCACGGUCAGCAUGAACGGGCAUGUACCACAGGUCCUUGGUCACACUGACAGGUCUGGGUGUCUCAGUAGCGGCUCUCGGACCUACACACUACUGGGCCCGGCUCCUCCGCUGGGUCACUCGGGUGGGAAUCUAUCAGUGCACCAUGGCAACAGGAACGGCUUUGUCCGGCCCAGACCCAACCAGCACCCAGCCCAACUCACCCGGCCUGAGCGGUUGCCAAGCGACCUGGACGGCAUGUCCAUCGAGCGCUUCGAGUGCGACAUGGAAACAGUUCUUUAUGAUACCUUCAUGGAUGGGGAUACAGUAGACUUCACCUUUGACUCCAUGGGGAUGUCACAGGGGCUUGCCUAGGGCUGGGUAAUAUGGCCACUAAUUGUUAUCAUGAUAUAUCAAUUUCACAUCAGUCCAUAAUAACCUGUGCACAUAUCACAAUAUAUUUGAAUCCACCCAUUCAUUUUUUUUUAAACCUGAAAAAUAAAAGGUCUGAACUAUGACAUUAAAAAUUAAACACACUGAAAUGACGAGGUUGCCUUAACAAAAUGUUUAGUUCAGUUUAAAUUGCAAACUUCUUUUUCUCAUAAUCUUCCUGCAAUUCCAAUAAUUCACCCAGUCCCUUAACAUUUGUUUAUCUAGCUAGGUGGCACAAUCAUUUCAUAACUAUUUACAGUGACUUUGUGUACUAUGGCCUCCUCAGAUGGGUAGAUGCUUUAUUUCAGUCUAGAGCUAAUAGUACCAAAAGCCAGAGGUGUCUUUACUCUAACGGUGCCUGACAAUAUCUCUGGGCCUGUUCUGGAGUUAGCAAACUGCUAACUUGUAUGUCAUUGAAUAUAUUUAUUUGUAGUGCUUUAUUUGAUUGCUUGUCAUAUGUGGUAGGUUCUAUAAUUGACAUAUAUGAGUGAUGAUAUGAGUGCAGUCUCAGUGCAAUGACAUCCAUUACUCAAACAGUAGCAUGUCAUUUGUCAUUUCAACUUGUGGCUACAUUAUAUAUCUAUGCAAAACAUAAAAUGAAUUUAAUUUAUAUAUCAGUUAUUGAUGAACAUUGUCUCACGGUGCUUUCCAGAACAGUGCCCUUUAGAGCAAACAUACAGCGGUUUUGAUAACAUUAAGAAGCUCAUAGAUGUAUAGACUCUGCCCAGAACACCAGCUGCAUGUUAUCCCACACACUGUUUCUAAAUGUUUGUGUGACAGAAAUGACUGUACAUAAUAUAAUUGUUUGACUCAUUUUUGUCUAUACUUUCAGGAGUGCUGGACCUAUUUAAUGAGGCCAAGUAUAGUUAGUUUGUAGGGAUGAAUAGUGAAAAACUAGCAUUAUUUCAGGAUGUUUGUUUUCUCUAGCAAGUUAUUCUGUUAAAUUAAAUGAGAAAAUAGUAAAAGUAACAUUGUGACAGCCUUUACACAGUGACCUAUGCUCUUCAGGACAAAUGUGAGAUAGUAUAAAGAUAAAGGCUUUAGGCUUCAGUGUCAAUGUUGAAUGUAAAACUAAGGAGAAUUGUAAAAUUGACAUUGCAACAUGGUGGCAGCCUUUAAACUGAACUGUAACUUAACUGUGUUCUUUUGGACAAAUGUAUGGAAAUACUGUAUGUUUCCGUAU